AUGUCUGCUGGUGUUUGCGGUAAGCGGCUGGGGUUCGAAGAAAUCUUCGAAUCUUCUACGCCGUCUUCCUUAGCUAAGAGAGCUAGGUGUUCGACUUUUGGUUCUCCGAUCCGUUCUUCUGAUUUCGGGUUAGGAUCUGAAGAUAAGGUCUCCAUCUUACUGCGGAUGUUCCCUGCCAUGAAUCGGGAGAGGUGUGGGAAGAGCUGCCGAUUGAGGUGGAUAAACUAUCUAAGGCUUGAUUUGAAUCGAGGCACAUUCUCACAGCAGGAAGAAAACCUUAUAAUUGAACUCCAUGAAGUUCUUGGCAACAGGUGGUCACAGAUUGCAGCACAGUUACCGGAAAGAACUGAUAACGAAAUUAAAAGUCUGUGGAGCUCGUGCAUUAAGAAGAAGCUCCGACAGAAAGGCAUUGACCCAAACACCCAUAAACCACUCUCUCAGGUCGAGAAUGCAAAAGAAAAAGCAACCACCACCACUGUCGCUGCCGCCGACAGCAACAAUAACAAAUCCUGGGGAAAUUCCAACGAACUGCACCUCCUCAACAUAGAGAAUUUGAAACCCAGUUUGACAGUUGAAGCACCGGAGCCGGAGCCGGAGCCGCCUUCAAUGGCUGAGGAUGAGUACCCACUCGAAGGUUGUUUGAAUUGCAGAGUAGCAGCAGUGCAACGUUCUUGUUUGAUAAAUCAAUAG